AUACUCAUCACUACCUCUCAGCGCUCCGUGUCUGUCACAAACCUUGGAGAAUCAGCAGGGGGAAAAAUGGAGGGGAAGGAGCAGGAUGUUUCGUUGGGAGCGAACAAGUUCCCGGAGAGGCAGCCCAUCGGGACAGCGGCUCAGAGCCAAGACGACGGGAAGGACUACCAGGAGCCACCGCCGGCGCCUCUGUUUGAACCAUCGGAGCUGACGUCGUGGUCCUUCUACAGAGCCGGGAUCGCCGAGUUCGUGGCCACUUUUCUUUUCCUGUACAUCACCGUCUUGACUGUUAUGGGCGUCAGCCGUGCUGACUCCAAGUGCAAAACCGUCGGAAUUCAAGGAAUCGCCUGGGCUUUCGGGGGCAUGAUCUUCGCCCUCGUGUACUGCACAGCUGGAAUUUCAGGUGGUCACAUAAACCCGGCCGUGACAUUUGGGUUGUUUUUGGGGAGGAAGUUGUCGUUGACGAGGGCACUGUUCUACAUGGUGAUGCAGUGCCUGGGUGCGAUCUGCGGUGCUGGUGUGGUGAAGGGUUUUGAGGGCAAGAAUAUAUACAGCAUUAAUGGCGGUGGUGCCAAUAAAGUGAACGACGGCUACACCAAAGGGGAUGGCCUCGGUGCUGAGAUUGUCGGCACCUUCAUCCUUGUCUACACCGUGUUCUCAGCCACCGAUGCCAAGCGUAGCGCUCGCGACUCCCACGUCCCCAUUUUGGCACCGUUGCCGAUUGGGUUCGCUGUGUUUUUGGUUCACUUGGCCACCAUCCCCAUCACCGGAACCGGUAUCAACCCAGCUCGAAGUCUCGGAGCUGCCAUCAUCUUCAACAAACACGAUGGCUGGCAUGAACACUGGGUUUUCUGGGUGGGACCAUUCAUCGGAGCAGCACUGGCGGCAGCGUACCACGUGCUGGUGAUCAGGGCCAUCCCGUUCAAAUCCAAGUGAGGAUAUAUAUAUGUAUGGGAUGUCAAAAUUAAAUGAAGCCUGAGUUUGUGGGUGUUUUUGUAUCAGCAAAAUUUCAGUGUCCGCUUCUUCUUAUAUAUUUGCUGUAAUAUGUAAAGGAUGUAUUUAAUGUUUGUAUUACUGCUCUGGGGACUGCAUGUUGCGUGAAGGGCCAGCUUUCCUCUGCUUUUAGAAGUUGGAAGGGGGCUCAACCCGAUGUGUGUGGGCCUCUUUGUAUCGCUGUGACUGUGUAUCUGUUAAAUCAUCCAAUAAAGAAAAGAAAAAGAAAAAAAUAUAUUGUCUUCUUC